AUGUCGUCGCCCGGUCGGAUGUCGCCGGGUCGGAUAUGGGGGGAGAUCAAGCGCAAGACCGAACACGCCGGCAAAGGCAUCGCCUCGCGUUUCUCGCACAACUUUCGUAGUCACUCCGCUAGUCAGUCGGGGAGUCACUUGGGGAGUCGCAGCGGUCGCAGAGCGCAGCCCGACGACUCCGCGAGCGACGGCAGAGAUCCGCUCGGCGAAGACGACGACAGUCUCGCCAUGAGCCCCGACCGUUUCGCGAGCCCGAACCGCAGGAGCGUCUCGGGUAAUUCCGUGGAUACCGGGGUUCGGCCUCCUACAGUCCGGCACUCGUUCUCCGGACCUAUUUCCGGCGUCAAGGAUGACGUUGCUGCGCCGCGGGUCGCGGAACCGACUAUUGCGGAACGGGAACCGCUGGGGGGUAUCGGGCUGUCUUAUAACGAGUCGUUGGAGAAGAGCAAGGAGGGGAUAGCCGACGAGAGGACAGACGCGGACGGGGUUGGAGCGGAUGGAAGGGCAGAGGGGGGAGCAACGGGAGAGGGAGAGAGGAAAGGGUCAGGAGUAGGAGCUGGGGAAGAGGCUAAAGGAGAGGCGAAGGGAGAGUGGGGAGGGUGGGAGAUGACAGAGGAGCGGUUGGGAUGGUGCGAAGAGGCGUUGAAGCAGCUGAAGAAACGGAUACGCGAGCUUGACGCUGUGUCGAAUGUGACUGGCAAGCAAAGAUUCGUGGAGGAGUUCGAAGGGCUGCGGGCGAGAGCGUCGGGGGAGAGCAGACAGGAAGCAACGUCGGCGAUGCUGCCAGUCAACCGCCCUAAGAACCGCUACAUUGACGUGCUGCCUUAUGAGAACAGCCGGGUUCUUUUGGGAGGGCAGAGCGGAACACAUUCGGACGGCUCAGAUUACAUCAACGCGUCGCAUAUAGUCACGGACCCGUCGGAGGCACACAUGCCGCGGUACAUAGCAGCGCAGGGGCCACUGGACGACACUGCAGCGGCCUUCUGGCACAUGGUGUGGGAGCAGCGCGCCGCUGCCGUUAUCAUGCUCACACGGGAGGUGGAGGGAUCAAGGAUCAAGUGCGCACACUACUUCCCGUCCAAGGCGGGUGCAUGCGAGGUCUAUGGGCACAUGCGUGUGAGCAACGAGGCGACGGUGGAGAUGAGUGAUGGCGGCACGCUGCAGCGCCAACUCACCGUUACCAACGAGACGGCGCCAGGAGCACCGCUCUCAGUGCUGCAUCUGCACUACCUCGACUGGCCCGAUCAUGGAGUGCCUCGUGACACGGAGUCCAUUCGCGACCUUAUCCGCUCCCUCAGAGACUCGCCCUCGUCCGCUGGGCCCUUCGUCAUCCACUGCAGUGCGGGCAUUGGCCGCACAGGAGCCUACUGUGUGGUGGACCAUGCAGUGCGGAGGGUGUUGCAGGGCGACCUCUCAGCUCUCGACAUGGCUGCAACGGUGCUGCUGCUCCGACAGCAGCGCGCUGGCAUGGUGCAGACCAAGGUGGCUCUAAGCACGGCUGCCACGGUGCUGCUGCUCCGGCAACAGCGCGCUGGCAUGGUGCAGACCAAGUUGAGUGUGACCAAGGUGAGUGUGACCAAAGGGAGUGUGACCAAGGUGAGUGUGACCAAGGGGAGUGUGACCAAGGUGAGUGUGACCAAAGGGAGUGUGACCAAAGGGAGUGUGACCAAGGUGAGUGUGACCAAAGGGAGUGUGACCAAGGUGAGUGUGACCAAAGGGAGUGUGACCAAGGUGAGUGUGACCAAGGGGAGUGUGACCAAGGUGAGUGUGACCAAGGUGAGUGUGACCAAGGUGAGUGUGACCAAGGGGAGUGUGACCAAGGUGAGUGUGACCAAGGUGAGUGUGACAAAAGGGAGUGUGACCAAGGUGAGUGUGACCAAGGUGAGUGUGACCAAAGGGAGUGUGACCAAGGUGAGUGUGACCAAAGGGAGUGUGACCAAAGGGAGCGUGACCAAAGGGAGUGUGACCAAGGGGAGUGUGACCAAGGGGAGUGUGACCAAAGGGAGUGUGACCAAAGGGAGUGUGACCAAGGGGAGUGUGACCAAGGGGAGUGUGACCAAAGGGAGUGUGACCAAGGUGAGUGUGACAAAGGUGAGUGUGACCAAGGUGAGUGUGACCAAGGGGAGUGUGACCAAGGUGAGUGUGACCAAGGUGAGUGUGACCAAAGGGAGUGUGACCAAGGUGAGUGUGACCAAGGUGAGUGGAGUGUGA